UUUCUUCUCUUUCUCCUUCUCUUUCUUUUUAUUUCUCUCUUUCUUUUUUCUCUUUCUUUUUCUCUUUCUCCCUUAAUUGGUGUGCCAGAGUAGUGGGCCAAAGUGGGCUGCUUCUAUACUACUUAUAUUGUUUUACGCAACAUUUUGCUAUUAAGCACGAAGACUAAAUUGGAAAUGUGUUUCCAGCUUAUCUAUUUAAGCAGUCUGAGCAGCCUACUAAUUUGGUUUUGCAGGCUACGUUCAAAAAAGUGGCAAUACAUUGAAUUGAUCGAAAUAUUUGAAAACCAAACUGGAUGCAAUCUCGAAAACUCGAAAGUUUAUCAUCACUUUACUUCAAUUCGCAACAUUUUUUCAUUUUUUCUUACUUCUGUCAUGCUUUUUUACGGCUUUGUAGAUAUAUAUAAUCCUAUCAUGACUUUCAAAAAAUCGAACGACUAUAUUCAACUUGGCCAAAAUUUGCUGCUAGGUUUGAUGAGUUCACUUAACAUAUUGUGUUUCCAGUUAUACAACCAAUUCCUAGUCGAAUCUUGCCUUCACAUUCAUGCGUGCUGGUUCACUGUCAAUGAACACAUUCGUUCACUAAACAUUGAGAGUCCAAUUUUGAAUAUCUAUAGAGUUCGUGAAGUUCGUUCAAUGUACAGCAUCGCUGCUGAUAUCACAGAAAAAAUGGAUUCAUUUCUAAGAAUACCGAUUUUCAAUGCUUACAACUAUCUUAUCAUCUCAUGUUUUGAUAACAUUGUCCAAGUUUGGACUGUACCGACGGUAUAUAGAAUUAUUCACAUUUUAUUUCAGCUUGCAAUCUUGGCACUCAUCACUUACAACACGAUUUAUAUUCAUUAUCUUUCAAAUGAAUGUUUCCAUGAUGUCUAUCAAAUUUCAUAUAAAGUGCGUUCGUUUGCAUGUAAUAAUGAGGUUCAACUAUUUCUUGAUCGUAUUUCACAAUCUAAUAUUGGCUUUUCAUUUCUGAAAAUUUCACUAAUUACACCGACUUUUUUCACGUCAUGGACUUCGGCCUUACUAACUUUUGUAUUGUCCCUGCCAUCAUUGUUGUAGCAACGUUUUUUAAGCAUAAAUAUGCAUCGAAUUAGCAUGUAACACCUGUCUUCAUGACAUCACAAAACAAUCGCAGCUCUCGUAUCAUUGGCUUCUUUCACUUUUAAUUUUGGUCACUGACACUUUUAUGUUGAGUAUUAUGAUAAUAACGACCCACUUAGCAUUCAACUUGGGACAAACCUGGCUUGAUUGCGAAUCUGUCAAAUAGUAUAUUAUUCUUGUAAACAAAUCUAUUCUUGA